AUGUCCACUUUUGGUCCAUCAUCAACUAAUACUAAUGAUGCAACAAAUCAACCACAACCACCAAAUUCAGCACCAUCUGUCGCAUCAUCUAUUGAUAAUUCAUAUUAUUCACAUACAACAAAUUUAACCACUUUAACUGCUCGUCCUCCAACUAUACAGAAUGCUGAUCAAAAACAAUUAAAUUCACCAUUAUCACCACAAGAAGAAUUAUUAGAUAUACAAAAUUGCCAAAUUAAAGAACGAAAUUUAAAUGAAAUUAAACAACAAUGUCUGACUUUAAUUUCUGAAUUAGAAGGUAAUAAUCAUCCAGAAAUAAUUAUAAAGAAACAUAUUCAACAAUUGAAAAAAUAUAAUGAAUUAAAAGAUAUUGCAUUAGAAUUAAUUUCAAUGAUUGCAGAUCAUAGACAAGUUAAAACUACUGAUAUUUUAAAUGAAAUGAAAGUUGAAUUAGGUGAUGAUAGUAUUUAA